AUGAAGAGCGCCACCAACCUUGUCACUCGCAUAGUCUACAAUUCCAUCUAUCUUCUAUUAUGUCUUCUUCUUGCCGCUUUAUUUCUUGUCGUUCCCGGCGAUUUUAUCCGCCAGGAUUUAUUUUCCUCCGGUCAAUACAUCAACUUAAUCGUCCUCGCCAUCGUCUUUGUCCUUACUGUAUUAAUUGUUCUGUUCAUUUACAUCUUGCGACUUUAUGUUACUCGGACAGUACUGGCUUCGAUACCCAAAACCUGGAUACCCAUUGAGAAGGGAGAUGUCCCUAAGGAGGUCCGCAAAGUAAUCGCUACCGAUAUUGGCCGCAGUGCUGCCAUCGCAUUAGGCGCGCAUCCAAAGGUCAUAGCGCCGGUAAUCCGAGCGACAUCACUGGAAGAUGUAGCAGAGGAAGGGGUUCCAACCGAGGGGAAUAUAAAGAAGCCUAGAAGAUCUUUUCAGUUAUUUAAGCCGAAAUCGCCUACAACAGUAGAAGAACAGCUGGGUAUCUCAUUCCCUCCCCUGCGCCCUGUUUGGGGCGAGAUUGAGCACGACGGCUGGGGUUCACCAAGCUCACCAGAUUUACCUAAUGUUCAAUAUAGCACAGUCCUCUCCGAGUUACCGAAUCUGAUUGAAGCUAAGGCAGUCUCCCAGGCCCCAAUGGAUCCGACCUCUGCUAUGAACCCCCCAAUGUUUGAUGCGGACUCUGUUUCUCUCCUCCAGCGCCGUUCUAAUAUGACGAUGAGGGACUACGUCACGCAUCUCAUUGGCGUUGGCGUGCUGUUGAGCUCCCCAGAGGCAUUUGAGUUCCUUGAUAGUUAUGAGCGUGCCCGCUUCUCUACUCGCCCCAUGUCUAAUGCGCACUUUCGGCAGCUGAUGCAUCUUUUCGCUGAGCUUCUACGUGCAAUGCAACCCCUGGAUGCAGCCUCUUUAUACGAAUCUCGCAGUCCUAACGACGCUUACUCUGAAAGCGAUGGGCAUAUCGACGAUGACGCCCCUCGGGACACCAACCCGACUACACCUGCGCGGAGCGGGUCAAGUUCCCUUAGCCUUAGCGGGAGCAGCACGCGCUCGCGUGCCCGUAGGCCGACCUUGCCGGACCGCAACUCUUCAACCCAUACCUGGCACCAAUAUCGUACCGCGCCGACGACGCCGAGGAGUAAAUUCGGCGGUAGGAGGACAUCGCAGUCUACAAGCUCAAGUAACGGGGGAAGUUUCGCGCAAACAAGGCGACCAUAUCCUGCCAGUCGAACAUCAAGCGCAAGUUUUAGGUCGGCUUCCCAGUCUUCUAUUAUCCGGCUUGCGACAAGGGAGGACCGCGGUGACCUACCAUAUGUACUAAGAAUCGGGGAGUCAUUCUAA